AGGCAAUGCAAGCCGAAGCACUUCCUGAGUGGGUUUUGAAGCGGUUUCCUUCCUCCUUAUUCAGUGAGCCCUCCUCCCAAACUGGGCCAAGAUGACGGAGAGGGUGGAAUGGGUGGAGAUUAUCGAACCCAAGACCCAGCGGCCUAUGUAUGGCAACCUGAGGACCGGGGAACUAGCCUGGGAACCUCCAGUCAGCGCCAAAGUAAAGAAACGUGACAAUAACCAGUGGUGGGAGCUGUUUGAUGCGAAAACGAAACGCUUCUACUACUACAAUGAAAUGCUGGAGAAAACUGUCUGGCACAGACCGCAGAACUGUGACAUCAUACCCUUGGCUAAACUACAGACCUUGAAAUUAAACACAGAGGUCAGACCAGACGAAGGAGAAUGGGCAAAGCAACGCCAACAAUCAUCUCAGCGGCACAGACAUAGGAGAAGUCGCGAUCAUCACAACAGAGAUCGACGGAACGACAACAAUGCCCCCACUGAUGGCGCUGUGGAGGACCACGUCAGAGCAGAGUCGGCAAACGGAACGGGGCCGAGAUUCCACAAGAGAAUGGAUUCACUAGACGAAAGGCACAUUCAUGCCUCGCCUGUUGAGGGACGCCGAAAAGUCACCCAAGCCGCCACGGUGCCUCCACCCGGUCUGUCCCACAGUUCGCCCCAGACCAGACGGGCGUAUCGUUACCCGAUGGAUCAGCAGGCCAUCCUAUACCAACAGCAGCAGCAGUCCUCCUUUGAGCAGAUGAGGCGCCUACGCUCCGACAGCGAGCCUCUGGACCCGGGCACGACCCACCCUGUCGUGAAUUCUGAAAAACGACGGCGGUCCUCCACGGAUAAUUCCCGGAUACACCAUCAUAAGGGUUUCGAGAGACAGAACUCGGGCAGGGGGGAAGCCCUAAGGAGUGGGGACAUGCUUCGUGGGAGCGGGAGGUCCUUUGAAAGGGACGGAUCGCCCACUGGGUACCAGCAGGGACGAUCGCCGAGGUAUAACGACGGGGUUGUAUUGAGCUCCUCACAAGGGGAUGUGUAUAGGGAUGGGUUCGGGGGUGGAAGCCCCCAGUUUGGGAUGGGUUAUGGACAGGGGUACCCGCCGCACCCACAAAAUAGGCAUUAUCAACAUGAACGAUCGGACAGCCAGCUGUCCAUUUCAAGUCAGCAUUCAGUGAGCGGGGGCAGCCCCGCACCGGCUGAUCAGCCGGAAGGGUCGCCGGUGCGCAGCGCCUCGGAAGACGCCCGCAAGCCGCAGCCGUCGCCGCGAUUGAAGAAGAAGAGCAAGAUGCCCAGGAUGGGGCUGAACGCCAUGCAGCAUCACAACCAGCCGCCGCCGCACCCCUCCCCGACGAAUGCACAGGCCCAUCAGCUUCAGCAGCAGCAUUCCAUCCCUGGAAUCCCCCAUUCGCAAUCGGGGGAGCGCUUCCAGCAGUUCCAACAACAACAGCAACAGCAGCAGCCUCCUCCGCCCCAGCACUCACAAUUCCAACCCCAGCUGCCUCCCCCGCCACCCAUCGCCGAUUUCCGCUCGGGAACGCCAACCUCAACGACCGCGUUCGCUUCCCCGCAUAGCGUCCACUACCCCCACCAGUACCCGUACGAUCGGCAGGACUCCUUCGAGGGGUCGCCGACCGUCCCCGUGACCUACCACUACAGCGUCCAAACACCCGAUUCCAGUGCUAGCCAGGACUCCUUCACCCCGGUGGAAGCGUCGGACGUACCUCACCACUACCAGGCCAAGGGCGAGUUCCGCUCGGAUCGCUCAAACCUUCACAAGCACUCGGAGAGCCAACUCUCACAAACCUCUCACACCUCACAGCACUCGUUAUCAUCUCAACACUCAGACUCUUCUGUUCGCCAGGUCACCUCCGACUCGCAGUCCUCAGACGACAUUCUCCGCAGCAGCACUCCACCCCAACAGCAGCAACCACAAUCCAAACCAGACCCCCAACCCUCGGACAAGAAACAACGCGACGAUAAUCCGCCAGCGGAGGAGUCAACCAAAACGCAAAGCUACACCCGCGCUUCGCAAGUCCAGAAGUUCAGAGCCAAACAGAAGACGAAGCGGAUCACGGAAGACGGCCCGAACCCGAUCUACGAGAACCUGGACUUCAUUCAUCAGAAACAGCGAGAGGACCAUCAACGAGAGAGGUUACGAGAGUUGGAUCAGAUCCACUACACCACCUUGGAGCCUCCUCAGGUACCUCCUAGACAACGAAGACCCCUGUCUGGAAUGCCUUCAGCAAUGAGCAUCAUACCAAACGGAGACAGCGAGGUGAUCGAAGAGGGACAGUUGGAUCUGAGGGAUGACGGCUCGCAGGAGAAUCUCAAUAAGAGCUUUGAUUCAGACGAUAACGAUGAAGACCAUAAAGUUUCCCAGGAUGCACUCAUCAUCGAAGACGACAGCAAGACGGAGGAAGCCUCCAACGAUUCCCCGAGCAGCCAGCCUCUCGAAGACAGCCCCGAGGAUCAGAACGAGACGGUCCAUGAGUCACUACGGCGGGGAAAGAAGCAAGACAACGGAACAACGCAGGGACUCCCCUCGCUUGAACGCAGCAUAUCAGUGCAGGACCAACGCCCCUCAUCACUGGUAAUUGGAUUGGUUAAACCCCCCUCUGACGAGUGGAAGCAAAAGCAUGGAACGGUCCCGGGAGCCAUCAAGCCAAGCCCCUCCCUCAUCACAAUGGGACGGUCCAAGAAGCCGUCGUCGUCUGAGAGUGAUCUCGAGAACUACGCAGCGGAGAACGUCAACCGACACAAGAAGGGCAUCUUCAGGAAGAAGGUUCCGCUGUCACAGAUGCUGUCCUUCACGAAGGACCUGAUCAGAAAGCCGAUGCUUCUCACGCGGGACAAGAUCGUUAAGAAGGAAGCCAUAGAAGUCUUCAAGCUGAUCCAGUGCUACAUGGGCGAUCGGAUCAUCAAGAACCUGACCACUGAGUCGGUAUCCCUUGACCUGGUCCGGAGGGGCUGGACGGUGGAAGGGGUCAGGGAUGAGAUGUACAUACAGAUAUGCAGGCAGACCACUGCUAAUUAUUAUGACGAUAGUCUACGUCACGGUUGGGAGCUGAUGGCCAUCUUUCUUAACUUCUUCCCUCCCUCCAUUCGUUUCUUCUCCUACCUAGAGGGCUACAUCUACAAACACCUCAACGGUGACUUUGAUACCAGACAGGUAAACAGAUACCAAUGCACUGUGCCAGUGAGGCAGUACGCCGAUCAUUGCUACAAGAAAUUGGAGAGAAUUGCCCAGACAGGAGCCAGGAAGGGUGUCAAGAAAAUCACCCUGGAAGAAAUUAAUCUUGCCAAAGACUCAGUCUUUCAUCCGUCCCUCUUCGGUAACACACUAGACGACGUGAUGGAGCUGCAGAGAGAGAGGUUUCCGGAUCGGAAACUUCCCUGGAUCGCCGUCGUACUCGCUGAGGAGGUCUUGAGACUCGAAGGGGAGAAGGUGGAGGGAAUAUUCAGAGUCCCUGGUGACAUCGAUGAGGUGAACGCCCUCAAGGUCAAGUGCGACCAGUGGGUGAUGCCUCAGUGCAACGAUGCCAACAUCCCGGCCUCUCUCUUAAAGCUGUGGUACCGUGACCUCUACGACCCGCUCAUCCCCAUGGAGUUCUACGAACGCUGUGUGCGCAACUGCAACGAUUCGGAUGCGGCGCUACGGAUCGUGGAGGAGUUGCCUGAUCUCAACCGCCUGGUGCUGUGUCACUUCAUCAAGUUCUUGCAGAUCUUCAGCCAGGUAGUGAACGUCUCCAAGACCAAGAUGGACAUCAAUAACCUAGCGAUGGUCAUGGCACCUAACUGUCUACGUUGUGCCUCUGAUAACCCACAAAUUAUCUUUGAGAAUACCCGCAAAGAAAUGUCCUUCAUCCGGUUGCUUAUACAAGACUUGGAUACGACUUUCUUGGCUGGAAUUAAAUAAAAGAGCAUUUGGGAUUUUUUUUUUUUUUUUUUUUUGGUGUGUGUGUGUGUGUGCUUCUCUGGUGGUUGGAACGAGCCACACUUUAGUGAUGAAAUCGUGUUUUGGGGAGAUGGGAUGGAUCGGGUCUUGUAACGGUGAUAAUGAUGCCGUGAACUUUGGUAGGGUUAAGGUUCGAGUGUACUGUGCAUGUGCUCAACAUGUGCUCAACAUGUGAUGUGCAUGUGCUUAACAUGCGAUGUGUUCAACAUGUGUUCAACAUGUAACAUGGUUGUCAUGCUUGAACCUAAUGGCACGCAUGUGAUCAACAUGUGAUGGGCAUGUGCUCAACCUGCACUGAGUGCUCUUAAGAAACUUGCACGAGGUUAUCAUGAUAGAACCAUGCGACAUGCAUGUGAUCAACAUGUGAUGUGCAUGUGAUCCACAUGUGAUGUGCAUGUGCUCAGCAUGCAUUGUGCAUUUGCUCAACAUGCAUUCAGUAUGUUCUCAACAUGCAACAGGCAUGUGCUCAAUCAAGGUUAUCAUACUAAAACCAUAUGACACACAUGUGAUGAACAUGUGAUGAACAUGUGAUUAACAUGUGAUGUUCAUUUGCUCAACAUGGAAUAUUCAAGGGGCUCAAUGUUAUGCUAGAACCAUGUGACGAAUAGUGACGGUCAUUUGACAUAACUGAUCAGCAUAUGACAAACAUGUAGUUUACAUGUGACAUGCUUAAAUUCUACAUGAUGUAAUGAUGUAUGUAAAGGUGUAUAAAAUAUUCAAUUGAUCACCCCUACCAUGUAAAUUUAAUGGAGUAUUCCAGAGUUCAAAGUGCAGAGGUCAACGUACUUGACCUGUUCAUAAAUCUACAAACUUGUCUUCAGCGAUCUGCUCAAAUUCAUCUCGCACAAAAUUGUUUGAAAAUAGUUUCCUGAAUUGAGUACUCUGCAUCCGAACGUCUGAUCCCUGAAACCAAACCAUAAUACCGCAAUCAGAAAACCAGGGCUUUAUGAGCACCAGUCUUUUUUGUUCUUCGUUUUUAGCCUCAUUCUGGAUUUCACUGAGUCGCACUUGAAUAAUCCAAGAUGGCCGCUGCGUUAACUCCAACCCUUUGGUCUGAAGUGCUUUAUGACGGAUUGAUAAACCUUGAUGAAUAAAAAAAAGCGAAGCAACGAAAUGAUGUUCUGAUGUUGAUUUGAUUGAAAUUCAUCUGAAGGCCUACAGACAUGUAAGCCCAAUUUCCAUGGAGUUGUUUGAGCAGAGAAUGAUGCUUAACAAUACUCUGCUAAGCAAAAACAAGCAAGAUACCAGUCACAUAUUGUACAUGUGACAUGGUGUUUUAGCUGGUUACCUUAUUCUGGUAAGCAUAAACACGUUUUAAGCUUAAGUGAAUAACAUGCUUUAUUAAUGGGUUCUAACCAGGGCCCAAUAUUCGUAAAGCCAGUAAGCAUAAAAACUUGCUAAGCACAACAAACUUUUGCCUUGCAAAAAUAAGUGACAAGCCAGAAUACCAUACAUUUACCAUUGCUGCUAGUGGUCCCCCUGGUCAUUUCUUGCUUAGCCAAGAAAUUUGCUAGUAUUUUCUGCUAAAAAAACUUUGUGAAAUUGGGCUUAGCAAAGAAAUCUGCUAAGCAGAAUUUUCUGCUUGGCAGCUUUUUGAAAUUGGGGUGUUUGAGAACCGCACUGGAGACUUGUAAAGUCUUUGGACAAACGGAAAUGGGAGAGAGGGGGUGGGUAAAUUAUUACAGACAUUUCUGUAGAGGCUUACAGUACAUGUACAUGUAGCAACAACUAGUAAGG